UCAGUGGCGUCAGUCUUGUGAGUCCAACGGCCGGGUGCGGAUCGUAAUUUGAAUCGGAUCGAAAAUAAAAAUACGAUUAUUAAUUAAUUACAAGAACUUUUUGAAUAAAUAAAUAAAUAAACAAUUAAUAAAGCAGUGGUGCGGAGAUGAAAACAAUAAUGUUGCCUGCGGACAUUUAAACUAUUUGUUGUUAUUUACGUUUUAAUUAAGUUUUGUUUGUUUGAAGGAAUUGACUUUAAUUAUUUGGAAUUCCAGCAGUGCCAUAAUAAACAAUUUAUUAAUUAGGAACGAUCGGGAGCGAUUUUCGAAACUUUGCGUCGCGGAAACUGGAAACUGCCGUUUACCAGGAUUUGACGGGAAGGCCAUAAAAGCGUCAUUUAACAAGAUUAGAGUGAAAUCAUGUUCGGUUCGGAACCGGCCGAACAAGCAGAGCACUCCAGAGCGAAGUUCGAGUUGGCACGAUGAGCCGCCGACAGAACCGGCGACGCUCAUGGACCACUACGUCACUGUCUACUUCAGUGCGGGGCAGCGCGUCGAGUCGGCGCUGUUCAGGCCCAACACGCCCGUCGAUCAAGUCAAAGCCCUAUUCCGUGCCGCAGCCGAAGCCGGUCCGAACGACAUACUGAAAUUGUACAACGCUGCCGGUCAGCUGCUCAAUAUCAGUGCGAACCUGCCUCAAAACACCAAAGAGACUCCCUAUUCAUUACAGGUGGUCGCCGCCAACGGUCUAGCGAUGCUCCAAGAAUCGACGUGCGCCGACCUGAAAGCGCUCGAAGCGCGAGUUUGCGCGGUCGAGCGCCAGAUGCGCGCCGAGCUUCCCCUGCCGGCCGCCGUCAACGACCUGCGCCGCGAAGUCGACGCGUUCCGCGACCGACUGGAAACUGACGAGAAUCUGAGCUGGCUCGGAUUCUACAAGCAACUUCCGGAACCUCUGGCCAGCGAAGAGUGCCGACGACUGCAGUACCGAAGAAAAAGCGAUUCGGUCAAGAAACGAGUCAAACAAAAUUUCGCCAAUAUUUGUGACGCACAAGUGUCAGACGCCAUCCGUCAAUGGCUGCGCACGCCUACGUUCGACGCUCGCCCGUGGGAGGACGAGGAACUACUGCUGCUGCUCCAACAAAUGUACCUCGAUCACGAUUUUUGUUCCAAGUUCGCAAUCGACAUCGCAACGCUCCGAAACUUUCUCUACGAAACUUACAAAAACUACAACGACGUGCCGUUUCACAAUUUCCGCCACUGCUUUUGCGUUGCGCAAAUGCUCUACGCAAUAUCGUGGUGUGUAGAUCUGCCGAGUAAAAUCGGCGACUUGGAGGUGUUGAUUUUGCUCACCUCUUGCAUCUGUCACGAUCUCGAUCAUCCGGGCUACAACAACAUUUAUCAGAUAAACGCCAAAACCGAACUAGCGAUACGUUACAACGACAUAUCGCCGUUGGAAAACCACCAUUGCAGCGUGGCCUUUCGACUAUUGGAAAACGACGAUUGCAACAUCUUCAAAUCCUUCGACAGCGAAGAAUUCAAACUGAUUAGGGAGGGGAUGAUCAGGUGUAUUUUGGCCACUGACAUGGCCAGACACAACGAGAUUUUGACCAACUUCAGGGAGGUUUCGGCUUGUUUCGAUUAUAACGACAAGGCUCACGUCAAUUUGUUGUGUAUGGUACUGAUCAAAGUAUCUGACAUAUCGAAUGAGGCCCGUCCAAUGGACAUCGCCGAGCCGUGGCUGGACCGCCUCUUGCAAGAAUUUUUCAAGCAAAGCGAUGCGGAAAAGCUCGAAGGUUUGCCGAUCACUCCCUUCAUGGACCGAGAAAAAAUCACAAAACCGUCCUCACAAUGCUCCUUCAUUGGGUUCGUUUUGUUGCCGCUUUUCGAGGCUUUAGGCGAACUUUUGACUGAAUUGCAAGAUCUCAUAGUUCAACCUGUACGAGACGCGCUUGAUUAUUACAAAAGACUAAACGACAUGACGAGAGAGGAAAGACUGCACCGUAAAAGUAUCGUGGCCGAAUUGGCCCAAAGCGAACAUCAGAAUCCUGACAGUGCUGUCAGUUUACCAAAAUCUACGUCUAAUGUCAGUUUUAAGGCGAAAUCUUUAUCGAAUCGAUCAAGAUCGCGUUCCACUGAUGACGAUACCGAACAAAGCAACGAAGGCUCUUUACAGAAUGUUGAAGAAAGUUUAGAAGAUGUUUUGGAAGAUCCAGAAAGUGGAGAUUCUGAAACUGCAAACGAAGUUGAAGUUUCCGAAAAGGCUUUAAAAUUCAAAAUUUCAACGGAAUGUUCGACUACAGGCCGGAAAAGUUAUCCAGGUUCCAGGAAAGGGAGCCAAUUGAAUCACUCGGAUUUGAGCCGGAUGAUGCAAAAAGGCAAACUAAAGACUUCAGCUUUGAGCUUUGACCAUCACUAUAUGGCAGAUAGGAAAAAGUUGUCAUGUGAUAGUCCAGCAUUUUUAGAUGAGUAUGCGUUAACUUUAAAAAAAAAGUUUGAAGAAGGCCUACAAACAAACGGCACCAAUGAAGACGAAGAAUGUAUAAUUUCCAAAGAAACAUUGAAUUUGAAUAAACGGAAUUCCGAACAUUCAGAUAAAAAGAGUAUUUUGAAAAAUCACAUUGUAGCUACAACCGACUAUACAAAAAAGUAUCGAUAUUCGUGCGAUAACGAAACAGACAAUGACGUCACUGUAUUAAAAGAAACCGAAAAAUCCAAAUCGAUUUUGUCUCGCUUCAGACAAUUCACCGACCGACUGGGUUUGUCGCAAGAUUCCAAAUCAAAAUCCAGAAAAGGAAAAGAGAAAAAUUGGUCUUCCGACGCUGACGUCACUUCCGACAAUCAACUUCCGUCUACUUCGUCGCCGGCUGCGCAGGACCGGACGGCGCAUCGCAGUUUACAAAAUUCGCCAAUCAAAACGCGGCAAAAUAAUUUAAUCUGACGCCAGGAGGUCAACGUUCCGCCCGAGGAAUGUUUCAGUAAAUUUAUUUUUUGCCGUUGCUGUACAUAUUCCAGCGAACCUGUCUAAUUUAUUUUGGUGGCAACACUGUUUUUGACAUUUUGCACCAACGUUGCACAAUUGACAAGGAAUUGUGACAUUGUGGCAACACUUGUUGCCAUGAAUACCUCGAUUGAUAUUAAAAAAAAAAAAUGAUAUUUUACGUUUGUUGAAUGCACAAUUGAAUUUUUUUUGACAAUAAGAAUUUAUGUGUCAUAUUGACAUUUGACAGAAAAAAAUCAAUGCGGCCCAAAGUUCAUAAGUUGUCUGGUAAUGGGUAACGUGAUGACGCAUCUGGGGUGCCUUAUGUUGAGGCAUACAAAUGACGUCAUUAAAGUUAUCAGGCAACCUCGUUUUAAACAACCUUGAAUGCGGCAGAAAAUAUUUAAUUGGUUCAAAUAAUUAUUUGUACAGAAAAAUUAAUAAUGAAAUUAUUAUUAUUAUUAUUAGAAAAUUAUAAAAAUUAGAAAAUUGAAAAUCUUGCUGGUGCUAUCUCUCUUUGAACUCGAAAACGCUUUAACUGUCAAAAAAAAAAAAUUGACGUUUUCACUUGUCAAAUGACAAUGUUGACAACCAAUUUUUGCAUGUAGAGAAUCUUCUUAUUCUGUCAAAAUUUGACAGACAUUUACCUGUCUUAAAACAUAUCACACAAAAAAUUCCAAUUUUAAGGCCCCUCACUUCGUAUCCGUUAGAUAAAAGUUAACUGGAGGGCUGUAGGAACCAAAAAAAUGAUACGCUUCCUGUCUCAUUAUUUCUGAGGACCACCCUGUCACUAAGUCUGUCAAACUGUACCUUAAAUUACCUGUAAAUUUAUGUGUAUUUUUCUUAGGCAAGUUUGAAAAAUAGUUCACAGUCUAAACGCCGACGUUAUGGCGAAAAUCAUUAUAAAAGGGUUUAGAAUGUGAUUUUAUUUUAUUUUUUUACUCUAGAGCAGAAAUAAAUGAUGACAAUAGAGAGAAUUCUAUGCAAUUUUAAAAUAGAAAUUCUCACUUAAAUAGAAUUCUAUUUAUUUGCGAUUUUUAGAAUUAUUUUUCAAACUUUUCCUAUUUUAUAUUUCUAAUUGUAUAAAAAUUUUACAAAAUAUAAAUAUUUUUAUGCCUGAUGUACAAUCAAUUUGUUGCACAAAAAUAUCGAUUUUUAGCCAAUUAGUAGUUGUAACUGAUUGAUUUUUGUAAAUAGUUAAUGUGAGAGAAAAAAUAUAAAUUUCAACGUGUGAGAAAGAGAAACAACCAAAAAAAAAUUAAAUUAAUUUAUUGUAUAAAAAAAGAUAAAAUAAAUGUGUAUAAUGUAAAAGAAAAAUAUCAAGUUGUUUUAAUUGUCACACUUGACAGAUAAACAAUGAAGUAAACGUCAUUAUUUGUCAACAAUGUCAACCAAUGGGUCUUCAACUGACGUCAAACUUUGUUCAACGAAAACUUCAUCCAUUUCUUCAACUAAACUUUCAUCCCAACUAAUUUCAGGAAUUUCCUCCUCAAAAUGCUCAAUCCCUUUUUCACGAUUCUGAUAAAUUUCUUGAUGAAUCUGAGCCUCAAUCUUUGAGGCAAUUUUGCACAUCCUCAAAUCCAAUUUUUUAAGCGUUUUAUUACUAAAACUCAAAGCCUCUAAAAGCCUCAAUCCAAACUCCUCAUCGAAAAAAUUGUUGCUCAAAUCCAGCUUUUCCAAACAAUAAUUUCUGGAUUUCAAGGCUCGUGCUAAUUGGAAAUUCGAGGUCAAACCGCAUCCGGAAAUUGUUAAAUUCCUUAGGAAUUUAUUGCGGAAAAAUACGGAAUUUAUUAGAACAUUCCCAGAAUCGUCCAGGAAUUGAUUCAAACGUAAAUCCAGGAUUUUUAUUUUGCAGGUGUUCUGUGUCAAAGCGUAGGCCAGACAAUUGACACCUGUCGGACCUGAAAAAGGAAAUUUCCAUGGCCUACUAAGAACUGUCAUUUAAUGUGUCAAAAAUUACACAUAAGGUUUUGUUUUGGUUUAACUCGGAACUAGUUCAGAAACAUGUUGUACAAAGCGUUUUCGUUUUUUCAAAAAUCGUAAUCAAGCUGGAUUAUUUAGAACUCAGAGCAAGAAUUGAAAGAAUUGUUCUGGAACAAUCUCAACUAGUUCUGGAGUAUUUGGAGUAAAACCAAAACAAAUCUUCGAACAGUCACUCAAAAGUGACAAGUGUCAAUUACCUAUUCGAUUGUUUGCCAGAUAAACUUCGUUGACGCCAUUUUCCAUGGAAAAUUUAGCCAGAGCAGUGGCGCCUCUGUCGCCCACUUUACAAUGAGAAAAAUCCAAAAUUUCCAAAUCAUGUUUCAAUAGAGAUUUCAAUAUAAUUAGGGCCUUGUCGCAAUUUAUAUCUGAAUUUGUAAUUCUAAAAAUGAGAAUUUUUGAAUUCAAUAAUUGAAUUAGGCACUAGCUACCGUCUCACACAUAACCUCACUUUCGAUGGGGAGAAAAAUUAGGACGUCAAAAAUCACAUAACGUCACAAACCUUAGUGUCACGAAACCAUAUUUCUCAAAUGAACCAGACAAGUCGAGCACAUUGACGUUUUUUGUCUCCCCAUCGAAAUUUAAGUUAUGAGUGUGACAUCAGCUAGUGUCUAAUUCAGUUAUGAUGAAUUUACCUCAAUGUUUGAAGACGUAUUUUUUCCAGACCUCUGGCAAACAAGGCAAUGUCCUGAUAUGACGUGUUGACGAUGUUCCAGGAAAAAUCGUCUUUGGCGUACGCCUUGAAAACACAAAAUUUGGAAAAUUCUUCAAAAACAAAAAUGGCUCUUUGAAUAGGACGAUUUGACUUUCACUCAAUAAUUCAAUAUGGCGCCGUGGGAAUAACAGAGCAUACAAUUGAUUGGAAUUCAAUGUAAACGUAUCCUCAAGGUCGUCAAGUUUGUUAUUACCACGUCGCCAUCUUGAAUUAUCAGCUGAUUCGAAUCAAAGAUGAUACACACGUACAGAAUUGCUUAUCAGCCUCGUUUUUGGUAAUCGCCUCCAUAUUGGUGUGUCACCAUUUUCGACGUCAUAACUGAGUCGUCAACUGUUUAAACAGCCUACAUCAAGGCGAAAAAUAACAUACGUCACAAUUGGUGAUUUGGCAUGGGAGGAAGGGGAGGGAUUUUAGUAAAGUGUAUCAUCCUUGAAUUCGAAUUGCCUUAUUAGGAGGCGCCAUCUUUGAUCGCCAUUUUGUAAACAAACCUGUUUAAACGUCAAAGAAAUUUCUGUCAAAUUUGCCAGGCCCGUAACGAUGGCGUUCAACGGGAUUUUAUUUGGAGAAUUUUCCGAAGAAAUCAUUUCCUGGAUUUUGAGGAUUUCGACGUGAGGCCCGCACAGAUCGCACAGUUCCUUGAUCUGGAAAAGAUACAGAGAGAAUGGCAACGUAGGAGUGGGACGAAGAUAGGUGAUAGUCAUUGAUUGACCAAUGGUGCCAAGUGGUGCAAGUAAAAAAUUUAAUAGCGAAAUUAUUGACAGGAGAAAUGAUAUCAAGUGCAAAAAUGAGAGAUGAUAAUACAGAGUUACCAAUAAAUGCAUUAAGUGCAACAAAGACAGAUAUUCACUGAUCAGAACAGUGUUGCCAAUAGAUGAAAAAUAAAAAAAAUUGAAAAGCAAAAACUCAUUAUCCCCUUUUGGGAAACGCUAUUCCGAUCACCAGGUGUUUGUUUUUUAUCUUUCUUUAAUGGAUGUGAUUGAAAAAAGACAAAGGACAUCAGUUAGUGAUCUGAUGAAUCGGAUCAGCGUUUCCGAAAUCCGAAGAGGCCUAAGGAAAAAAUCACAAAUAUAAACGAUUAGCAGUGUUGCCAAUUAAUAUAAAAUUAGAAAUAAGUGCGACAAAGACAGAAAUUCAUUAAUCAACAGUGUUGCCAAUUAAUGAAAAAAAAAAUUGAUAAACAGGAUCAUUACAAAGGAAAAAAAAAUUAAAAAAAUAGAUUAUUAGCAGUGUUGCCAAUCAAUGCAGAAUUACGAAUAAGUGCGACAAAGAAGGAGAUUCACUAAUCAACAGUGUUGCCAAUUUAUGCAAAAUUAAAAAUAAAUGUGACAAAGACAAAAGAUUCACUCAUUAACAGUGUUGCCAAUUAAUGCGUAAAAAUAAUUGAAAACCAGGGUCAAUACAUUACAAAUAAAAAUAAUAAGUGCAAGAAUAAAUGACAAGCAAUGUUGCCAAUUAAUACAAAAUUGAAAAUAGGUAUGACAAAUUUCACUUAUCAACAGUGUUGCCAAUUGGAAAAUUAUUAUAAACAAAAAAACACAAAAAUAGAUAUUUAGCAGUGUUGCCAAUUGAUGCAAUAAAUGCGACAAAAACAGAGAUUCACUAACCAACAGUGUUGCCAAUUGGCGCAAAAUUGGAAAUAAGUGCGACAAAAGCAGAUAUUCACUAAUCAACAGAGUUGCCAAAAGGUGGAAAAUUAAAGAAAAUCAUUACAAUGAAAAAAAUACAAAUUAGAUGUUUAACAGUAUUGCCAAUUAUUGCAAUAAGUGUGACAAGGACAGAAAUUCUCUAACCAACAGUGUUGCAAAUUGACGCGAAAUUAGAAAUAAGUGCGACAAAAGCAGAUAUUCUUUAAUUAACAGUGUUGCCGUUUGGCGGAAAAAAAUUAAAAAAAAAAAACACAAAAUUAGAUGCUUAGUAGUGUUGCCAAUCAAUGCAAAAAGUGCAAUAAAGAUAGAAAUUCACCAACCAACAGUGUUACCAAUUGGUAAAGAAACAUAAUUGAAAAAUAAGAUCAUCAUUACAAGGAAAAAAUCAUAAAAAUAGAUCAUUAACAGUGUUGCCAAAUGACAUAAAAUUAGAAAUAAGUGCGACAAAAACAGAGAUUCACUAAGCAACAGUGUUGCCAAUUGGUGGAAAAAGAAAAUGAUUAUAAAGAAAAAAACCACAAAAAUAAAUGUUUAGCAGUGUUGCCAAUUAUUGCAAUAAGUGCGACAAAGACAGAGAUUCACUAACCAACAGUGUUGCCAAUUGGUGGAAAAAAUAAAUAAAAAUUAUUUAAAGAAAAAAAUCACAAAAAUAGAUGUUUAGCAAUGUUGUCAAUUAAUGCAAUAAAUACGAUAAAAACAGCAAUUUACUCACUAAUCAACAGUGUUGUCAAUUGGUGGAAAAACAUAAUUAAAAAGCAGGAUCAUUACACAAGGAAAAAAUCACAAAAAUAGAUUAUUAACAGUGUUGCUAAUUGACGCGAAAUUAAAAAUAAGUGCGAGAAAAGCAGAUAUUCAUAAAUUAACAGUGUUGCCAUUUGGUGGAAUUUAAAAAAAAAAAAUCAAUACAGAGAAAAAAAAAACACAAAAUUAGAUGUUUAGCAGUGUUGCCAAUCAAUGCAAAAAGUGCAGCAAACAUUACAAGGAAAAAAAUCACAAAAAUAGAUCAUUAACAGUGUUGUCAAUUGACGUAAAAUUAGAAAUAAGUGCGACAAAAACAAAUAUUUACUAAUCAACAGUGUUGCCAAUUAGUAGAAAAAAAAAUAAAGAAAAUCAUUACAAAAAAAACAGAAAAAUAGAUGUUUAGCAGUGUUGUCAAUUAUUGCAAUAAGUGCGACAAAGACAGAGAUUCACUUACCAACAGUGUUGCCAAUUGGUGGAAAAACAUACAUAUUUGAAAAGCAGGAUCAUUACAAGGAGAAAAAUCACAAAAAUUGAUUAUUAACAGUGUUGCCAAUUGACGUAGAAUUAGAAAUAACUGCGACAAAAGCAGAUAUUUACUAAUCAACAGUGUUGCCAAUUGGUGGAGAUUUUUUUUUUUUUUAAAUCAUUUAAAGAAAAAAAAACUAAAAAUAGAUGAAUAGCAAUGUUAUCAAUUAUUGCAAUAAGUGCGACAAAGACAGAGAUUCAUUAUUUAACAGUGUUGCCAAUUGGUGGAAAAACAUACAUAUUUGAAAAACAGGAUCAUUACAAGGAGAAAAAUCACAAAAAUAGAUUAUUAACAGUGUUGCCAAUUGAGACAAAAUUAGGAAUAAGUGCGACGAAAGCAGAUAUUCACUAAUCAAUAGUGUUGUCAAAUGGUGAAAAAAAAAAAAAAAUCAUAAAAAAAAAUACAAAAACAGUAGUGUUGCCAAUUAUUGCAAUAAGUGCGAUAAAGACAGAUUCACUAACCAACAGUGUUGCCAAUUGGUGGAGAAACAUAAUUAAAAACUAGGAUCAUUACAAGGAAAAUAAUCACAAAAAAUAGAUCAUAAACAGUGUUGCCAGUUGACGCAAAAUUAGAAAUAAAUGCGACAAAAGUAGAUGUGUUGUUAAUUGGUGGAAAAAAAGAAAAUUAUUGUAAAGAAAACAACCACAAAAAUAGAUGUAUGUUUAACAGUGUUGCCAGAUAUUGACAAAGAUUCACGAAUUAACAGUGUUGUCAAUUGGUGGAAAAACAUAAGUGAAAAACAGGAUUAUUACGAGAAAAAAAAAACACAGAAAUAGGUGAUCAGCAGUAUUGCCAAUUGACGAAAAAUUAGAAAUAAGUACGACAAAAGCAGAUAUUCACUAAUGAACAAUGUUGCCAAUUGGUAGAAAAAAAAAUUAGAGAAAAUCAAUGUAAAAAGAAAUUACAAAAAUAAACGUUCAGCAGUGUUGCCAAUUAAUGAAAUGAAUGUGACAAUAAGAGAGAUUCAUUAACCAGCAGUGAUGCCAAUUGGUGGAAAAACAUAAUUGAAAAGCAGGAUCAUUGUAAGGAAAAAUUUUACAAAGAUAGAUCAUUAACAAUGUUACCAAUUGAUGCAAAUUAAAAAUAAGUGCGACAAAAGUAGAUAUUCACUAAUCAACAGUGUUGCCAAAUGGUGGUAAAAAAAUUAAAGAAAAUCAUGAUAAAGAAAAAAUCACAAAAAUAGAUGUUUAGUAGUGUUGGCAAUUAAUGCAAUAAGUGCGACAAAGACAGAUAUUCACUAAUCAACAGUGUUGCCAAUUGGUGGCAAAACAAUUGAAAAGCAGGAUUAUUACAAAGAAAAAAAUCACAAAAAUAUUUAGAUCAUUAACAGUGUUGCCAAUUGACGCAAAAUUAGAAAUAAGUUCGACAAAAGUAAAUAUUCACUAAUCAACAGUGUUGCCAAUUAUUGCAAUAAAUGCGAUAAAGACAAGAGAUUUACUAACCAAUAGUGUUGCCAAUUGAUAGAAAAACAUAAUUGAAAAGCAAGAUCAUUACAAGGAAGAAAACAGUAAAAUAGAUGUUUAGCAGUGUUGCCAAUCAAUGCAAAAUUAAAAAUAAUUGUAACAAAGACAGAGAUUCAAUACCAAAUCAACAGUGUUGCCAAUUGGAGGAAAAAAAAAGAAAGAAAUUAUAACAAGAAAAAAAAAAAAAGAUACAAAAAUACAUAAUUGGUAGUGUUGUCAAUUGACGUAAAAUUAGAAAUAAGUGCGAAAAAGAGAGAGAUUCAUUAAUCAACAGUGUUGCCAAUUGGUGUUGAAAAAAAUAAUUGAAAAGUAGGAUCAUUACAUCAAAAAAAGAUGAUUAGUAGUGUAGUUAAUUUAAGCAAAAUUAAAAAUAAGUGCGACAAAGAUGGAGAUUUACUUAUAAACAGUGUUGCCAAUUGAUGGAAAAACAUAAUUAUUGAAAAGCAAAAUCAAAUAAGGACAAAAAUAGAUGAUUACAAAGAAAAUAUGAUAAAACAGUGCCAGCAAUAAAGUUACAUAUGAGUGCAAUAGGGAUGAACAAUUAUAAACAGUGUUGCCAAAUAAUGCAAAAAAAAAAAAUGUUGUCAACUCUUUAAACGAAAAAAAAGUGCCUGAACAAUAUAUACAUUGUUGCCAAACUACCUUUCCCGGAUCAUAAUCCUCGGGUUUCAAUUUUUCCAGAUAAUCUUUGAUGUGCAUUUCGCAGUAGUACUUCUUCCACGUCCUUCCUUCGCCAUCAGAAAUCUCCUCAAACCUGAUUUUUUUCCUACUUGACGCUUUACUACUUACACUGUCCGUUUCGCUGUCAAUUUUGAGAAUAUUUUUGACAUUGACAACUUUGACGUUUGACGCCAAUUUCGGCCAUCGUUUAACGAAACACUUUUUCCAAUAGAUUUCGUUAUGGAUUUUUGGCAAAGUAAUUUGUAAGGGUAGGGAUUUUGGAAGAAUGUCCAGGAGUAGAUGUUUGUCUUCCUGGAGAAUGAUUUCGUCCAAGAUUGGAUUUGUUGCCCAAUUUUGGGCAAUAUGUUCAAUGCAAAGCUCUCGAAGGGAUUUAGGAAUUUUCCAGAUUUGCGCGAAAGUUUUUCCCAGUUCGUAAGUUUUCAAGCAAUUUUCGUUUAUCGUACUCGGAACGCGCAUUUUGUGUUUGUAUUUUACAAUAUCGAUCAAACUAUUGUCUGGCCAAUGGAUCUGAAGCUACGAAAGUGCGAUGUUUGAUUAUAGAAAUAUCCAAAAAAUUGAGGACGCAGCUGUGGGUAUUUUAUGAAUGAAAUCAGAAGAUUUUUUUUUUUUUGCAAUUGUAGUUUCAGAUUCGUUGGCCAGACAAUAUAUUAAUGGGGCUUGCAAAUGAAAUUUCAAAAGUUUGUUGAUUCAAUCAAAAAGUGUAUUUCAUUAUAAAUAUAAAUCAUCGUCGGUUUCUAUUUUUUUUUUUUUUAUAUCUUAAAGAACACCCCUCGUACCAGAGAAACAAUGACUUCACUUUUAAGUGGAACAAAAAUAAAGUAGAAAAAGAAAACAAAACAAAUAAUUGAUUAUCACUGGACAAAACUCAAAUAAAGUAAUAAUUCAAAUUAAAAAAAGACAAAACUUACCGUUUUUUGAUGAAGGGACAAUAAGGACACAAAAUAAAUCAACAAACAAAAACAAAAAUAAAAAGUUUUUUAGUCUUCGUCCUCGGGCAGAUCUUCGUCCGUAGUGUACUCGGACUCUUGAUCGGCCUUGUCCAGCGGAUUUUCCUCUUCGGAAUCCUCGAACUCCCAUUGCGGAUGUUUGGUGAUUUCGGCCGGCGCCUCUUUGACGUCCAACUUAAAGUCUUUCUGCUGAUCGAAGCCGAUGUAAGAGUCCGAUUUCAGGCACACCGUGAACGAGUAGACGCCCGGCCAUAUUGGAGCCGUAAACUGGAACAGAGAAAAAUAAUUGAAGUUGGCAACGUCGCAAAAAGGUUGAAUUUGUCAGUUUGACAACGUCAUUGUCAAUGAUCAAAAUGACAUUUAUUUUCAUGACACCCUCGUCAUUUGUCUUUUGUCAAUUUGCUGUUCUUCCGUGAACCAAUUUGAAUUUUUUGGAAUUAAAUGUAAACGUACCUUUACGUUACGAUCGUCAACUUUAUUAUGCCCACGGCGUCACAUUAAAAAAAAAUUUCGAGGUUAUGUCCCCGUGAAAUGACAGAACAAACUCUGACAUUUAACUUACACAAAAUUGUGCCGAAAUUUUUUUUUCAAAGGAGAAAGGCCGCUGGCAACGUCGCAGAAGGCUAACUUUUUUAAUUGAAUUGUUUUGACAAACAUAUUAUGACAGUUGACAGACAAACAUUGCAUUAAACUUCAACUGUCAAAAAAAAAAUAUAUAUAUUUUUGAACUGUUUUCAAGCCCAAUUGAAAUUGAAACAAAGAUUUCAAUGGCAAAUCAAAUGUCUCUAUAAUUUCGAUACAAGUAAAUUUAGUAUCGCAUAAUUGAAAUAAUAUCGAUAGUAUUGGAAAAUUUAUUUCUUAUUCCUAGAUAAGAUACAAAUGCUUCAGAAUAAUGCGAUACUAUUAUCAUAACAAUUUUAUGAAUGACAAGUGAAUUAUGAUUAAAAUGACUCAAGUUGACAAACGUCAUUUAUUUUUCGAAAUUUUUGUUGAAUUUUUAUCAAACCCAAGAAAAAUUUCAGUUUUGAAGAUCAAUUUGUUGCAGAUUAAGUUUAAUCUAGAGGAAAAUUUAUUGAUAUGGUUUAUCGAUAUAUACAUCGAUACGCCCUCGAUUAAGGUGCUUAUAGAUAAUUAUUUGUCAUAUCGAUAUGUAUCGAAUGGGACAUUCAUGUUUUUUCUAUUCCUGACUUUUGAAUUUUCUUUUUCGACAAUUUCAAGAGAAGAUAUGUAUACUUUAUUUUUUCCCAAGGUAGAUUUUGACAUUGAAAACUUUGAAACAUAAGCAAUAACGCUUGACCCUAAUUGGUCGCAAAAUGAGGUGUUUUUGCAGGUUGACAUCAGUUUUACAAUAGCGACCAAUAAGCGGCAUUAUUUAUGUUUCAAAAUUGACAAUGCCAAAAUCUAGCUUGGAAAAAAAUAAAGUAUAGAAAAAUUUAUUUCAGUUUACAUUUUUUCAAAAUUAAACGCCGCCACUGGUAAAAUCGACAUGAGACAGUGUUGCCGUUUUCUGAUUUUUUUUUUUAUAGUACAACCAGUGAAUUAACAAAACAUUUUGGUUAAUACGACCCGAUAAUUCAGUGAUUCAGAUGAUUUAUUGGUUGGUUGCAAAUUGAACUUGGAAUUUGGAAUUAUUAGGAAAAUCACGGUGAAUUGGGGUUAUCGUCUCGGUACAGGAUUGAUCGGAACUAAAUUGUGCGUUUUCAGGACAUUCACGGAUUCACGGGACUUUUCGGGACAUUCAUGGGAUUUUUCGGGAGUUUCAUGUGACUUUUUGGUGAAAUACUGAGUGAUAAAUGUGGAUAGCAGUCUUACAGUGUUAUUGAUGGUGUUAUGGGUUAAUGGUUACCCAUGACGCAGUUAUUGUACCUAACUACUGAUAUUCCUUUUAUUAUGCCUUAUCCUUCUAUCUGGUUAUUUUAGAGGAUAAGCAUGCUUUUUUGAUUUCAGGGAUCAUUUCGGGGUUUUUUUUUUUUUUU